AUGGCUGAAAUCUCUACAGGUCGAAUUGCCCGCCUACUCCUUUCAGUUCUGGUUUUGUUCAAUGUCAUAUAUUCAGUCUUGGCACAGAACGGUGACGGCCCUAGUCAAGAUGAGGAUGGCAGAGUUACACUACAGUCACCUGGCUUAUAUGACAUUUUAUCAUCAAAGACAGUGGCAGCCAUUGCCGCCGACAAUCAACUACGACACACCUACAUGGCACUUGUUAGCAUGCUGAGCGACACAUCUAGAGAGGCAGCGAACCGGUACGGCGUUUCUGAGCUUUCAAUGCUAGCUGAUGACCUCGACACUCAUGUUCAAGUUGUCAAUGCUCAGACGGAGGAGGCGUAUCGAUUAGAUCUAAGGUCCUCCCUCAAUAACAACAGGCAUGACAAACGGGCCGGGCUACUUGGUGGACUAUUUUCCGGACUGUUGGGAAGCAAAAAGGGCAAAAACGAACCCAACUCCGAAAAUGCUGCAGCAAACGAGACCUCGGCCGGAGAGAGCAACGCCGAAGCGAUUGGUGGGGGAGGGCUCAGCGGUCUGUUGGGAAACUUCCUGGGUGGUGGACAGAAAGGAGGAGCUGGAGAUGGUAAGGCUGGCGGCCCUAUAGGUGGACUCAUCUCCAAUGUUGCGAGCAACGUGGUUGGAAAUCUUCUCCAAAAGACAGGCUCUGGCCUCGCCGGUGCAGGUUUCUUUGGCGGUGUUGGCGCUGGUGAGGGAGCAGCUCAGGGUCUAUCGCUGGCACCUGCAUCCAAGACAAAAACUACAGGUCAGCAAGUUGCCCAGGAAAACGGCAUGAAGAAUACGGGACUCAACCCAAUCAUCCAGAAUGCCGCCAUGGGGCUUACAGCAACAGCCGUGAAGGCAUUAAUGGGCAGCAACUCAUUGAAGUUUCCGCCCCUCGGUGCCCUUGGACUUUCACUGGGAUCAGGAAUUGGCAACGGAGGUGCCAUGGGUCUAGGUCUGACGCAGAAGAACCUUGCGCCACCGUUAAAUGGAACGAAGCUCGAGGAUGCCGUUGGGAGCUUUGGCUUUGGGGCCACUCAAGCGUUCACCUCGAACUUGAAUGGGACGAAGGGCUUAGCAUCAUUCCUCCCACCGAUUGAUAUCGGAGCAACUGUGGCUGAUGUUGGAACUGGAAUUGGAAAAGGAGCUGCUCUUGGACUGAAACUCACGAACAAUACGGGCAUUGCGCCGCCGCCGCCUGCAUCCCAAACAGAUAUCCCCAAGAUCGCGGGUACACUUGCAUUCGGGGUAAGCCAAGGACUCACCGGAUCCAUAGAUACCAGCAAUCUGAAUAGCUUCAUUCCUGCCAACGUCGAUAUUGGCGGCACGGUUCUUAACGUGGGAACUGGACUUGGCAGUGGUGCGGCGACCGGGUUGAAACUCGUCACGCAGAACAAGAAUCUCACUCCUCCUCCUCCCAAAUCUGUCUCUGACAUACCUGGAAUUGCUGGCACGUUGGCAUUUGGGCUGAGCAACUCCUUUACGGACAACAUUAACGUCAAUGCGAAGAGCCUGACCUCAAUGUUGCCACCUAUAGACUUUGGAGCAACAGCAUUAGAUGUUGGGAAUGGCAUAGGUAAUGGUGCGGCGCUUGGCUUGAAGCUCACGAACAAGAACACAUUUGUACCUCCGCCUCCAGGAUCUCAAUUGGAUAUUCCCAAGGUAGCAGGUACACUGGCAUUUGGUCUCAGUCGGAGUUUUACGGACUCUGUCAACGUCAGCAGUCUCGCCGGUGGUCUCCCAAGUAAUAUUGAUAUUGGCAGCGCAGCACUCAGUGUUGGAACUGGACUCGGUAGUGGUGCUGCUCGUGGGUUGAAGCUUACGACAAAGGAUCUGACUCCGCCGCCGCCAAGGUCAGCACAAGAUAUUCCUGGUAUUGCAGGAACAUUUGCCUUUGGCCUCAGCAACUCUCUUACGGAUAAUAUUAACGUUAGCGCAAAAAGUCUAGGCUCGAUGCUGCCUCCUAUCGACUUCAGAACGGCAGCGCUGGAUGUUGGAACUGGCUUAGGAAGAGGAGCUGCUCUCGGACUCAAAUUAACACAAAAUGAUACGACUGGCUUCUCCAUGCCGAUACCAUCCUCGCCCUCGGACAUACCCAAGAUUGCCGGCACCCUUGCAUUUGGGCUUAGUAAGAGUCUCACGGAAUCGGUGAACACUAGCAAUGUUGGUUUAGGGAAUGUCCUCCCGGCGAACUUUGACCUCGGUGGUACUGUACUCGGCGCCGGCCGUGGUCUGGGUAGCGGCACUUCCUUGGGCUUGGGAUUGGCGAGCAAUAAGAACUUCACGCCCCCUGUACCCAAGUCACAGUCCGACAUUCCGGGUCUGGCCGAGACGUUUGCCUUUGGACUGAGCAACUCUCUCACUGACAAGAUAAAUCUCACAUCUCAGGCAAAGAAUUUCGGUUCCAUGCUACCUACAUUUGAUCUUGGUGCUGCUGCCCUCAACACUGGGGCUGGCCUGGGUCUUGGGACUGCAAAGGGGCUACGUCUAACAAACAAAGAACUUAGUCCACCUCCUCCAGCGAAUGCCAAUGAUAUACCAAAGAUUGCGGGAAGCUUUGCUUUUGGUCUCAGUGAUGCGAUAGCGGGUAGCCUCAACACCACAGAUUUAGUCUCAAGAUUCAGCGGCGGUGCAAACGGUGUUCUCAGUGGCGGCAUAAAUGGAGUGUUAUCCAAGUUUGGUGCUCCCGCAGCCUCAGGUUUGGGUAAGGGUCUUGGUAAAGGAGUGGCCGUCGGCCUUGGUCUGCAACCUGAGAGUUCUCCCAAGCCACUCCAGUCAACGCCGGGCGGCGACCUCGACAUUGGCGGCAUAACAGAGAAUUUUGCAGAAGGCCUUUCUUCACGAUUCCUCGCGAAUGGUACCAUCACCACGGCUUUGAGCGGCGCAACGAACGGUACCGGAGGAUUAGCAGGCCUCGCAUCCAAGAUUGACAUUCCCCGAGUCGCUAAUGGUUUUACACGAGGACUCAUCACGGGCGCUGGAGACGGCGUGCAAGCUAUUGGUGGUAUCAACGCUAUCAUCAAUGGCACUUCCAAAGCGCCGACGGUGUCCAUUCCCGAUACCAAGAUUGACUUCAAUGAUUCCACUGGUGGAGCAGCUGUGGGCUUCGGUCAAGGAUUGGGUAGUUCUGGUGUUGUGACCUUGCAGAAACUCCUCGCACAAGGCAUCAAUCUGGGUGGAUUGCUGACGGGAAACUCUAACAAGACCAGGAGACAUGUAGAGGAUCCAACAAAGGCCCUCGCCUUGAUCAGUCGGGACGACACUCCAGGAGGCUCUCCAUCGGGUUUGAAUCUAUCCAACUUACUGAGUGCGAACACUCUGUCUGUUGUGGCACAAAAGGGUGUUGAUGUACUCACAUGCGACGGCGUUGCAGGAGCAUUACUCGUCGCCAAUGGCCUCCAGAGGAGCGGGACAAUAUCUCUAGGUGGUGGUGACUCAAACAGUAAUGUUCAAGGCAUUCUGAAAGCACUCAUUCCGAAGGGAACUGUUCGUAUUGUUUCACAGGGCAAUACAUUUGACAUUGAUGGUCAGCAACUGGGCGAUGCUUUGGGUUCUGGUGGGAACCCAAUUCAGACAUUGAGUAUCAAUGGCUCUCCUUUCAGCAGAUACUUUGCUUUUGUAACUCUACACGUGAUUGCCGCUAUUAUGGGAUUUUUCGUCCUCAUGCCCCUUGUCUUGGCUCUCACCAGCCUUCGAAACAUCUUCGCUCGUCUCCGUGUCCCAGACAUGCUGCCAGCAUGGAUCCCGAAAGCGUGCAGGAUGAUGGUCAUCUUCGGGGUAGUUCCAUCCAUGCUUUUCAUCCUAAUUUUUGGUAUUCUAGCAGGCUCUAGUACCGGGCAUUUUCGAACUGCCCACGGUAUUUUGAGUCUAUUCACUCUCAUUGUUGCUAUCGUCGCUGUGGUGCUCUUCCUAUAUUCGAAAACGGCGGUACCCACGUCUGCGGAUGCCAACACGGCAACAGACCAGAUGAGCAAGCUGACAAAGGUGUCUCAGGCCGUCAAUCAGCUUUUGCUGGUGAUGUUGCUGCCUACCGCCAUUGCAGGGUUCGCAGACCUCAGCAGUGUGACGCUGUGUCUGACACGAGUGGUGGUGUCGUUUGAGAUGGCCAUCUCGCUUGGUCUGGGGCUGGGGGCUGUCUUUGUUCUGGGUCAGUUCAUUACUGGCUUGGAAUUGUUUUUAUUACUGAGAGCAAAGAAAAUGGGAGGGAAAGGCGCAUCUGGAGCAUUAAAAGAAAAGAUUCGACGAGUUGAACCUGUAGAAACCGGCCAGAGUUAA